AGGUUUGAUCACAUCUGCAGCUUCCAAUAUUCACCAAGUUCAGUGUUUCCAUCUAACUAUUAUGGCAGCAUCUUCAAACAUUAUGACAUCGAAGUUCUUCAUGGCGACCUCUCCCUCAUCCUGGAAUUCAACGAAUAAAUCAAAGAUUUGCUUGCAACAAAUCGAUAGAAGUUCAAAUACGAAUGGAAAGAUGGUUAAGUUUACUCGAGACAGUAGUUUGAAGGUCAAAUUGCAGGCUCAAGCACUGCUUACUAAUGACAGUAGAGCAACAUCAAUGAUAGAAAGCCUGAAGGAUGAGGAAAUGAUGACUUCACCACCCGCAACAAUGGAACACCUGACAACGGAAGGAAGAUUGAUAAAUGACGGACUGGUUUUCCAGCAGAAUUUUUCCAUUAGGUCAUUCGAGAUAGACUCUGAGUACAAAGUUUCAGCAAGGGCUAUAAUGAAUUAUUUGCAGGAGUCAUCACUUAACCAUAGAAAGAAGAUGGGGAUGUCAAGCGAUUCCCUUGUAGGUGUAACGCCAGAGAUGAUUAAAAGGGACUUGCUAUGGAUAUUCCGUGGCAUGUGUAUUGAGGUGGAUCGCUAUCCUUCUUGGGCUGAUGUUGUCCAGAUAUACCACCGGAUCUAUACAUCAGGAAGGACUGGUUUGCGUUUGGAAUGGAUUGUCAAUGACAGCAAGACAGGCGAAACUCUAGUUCGAGCAUCAUGCUUAGCUGUGAUGAUGAAUAAGAAAACAAGAAAAACAUGCAAGUUUCCGGAGGAAGUCAAACAGGAGCUAAAGCCUUAUCUUACGACAGACGCUGAGCCUCUCUUCGAAGCUGACAAAAUUUUAUGUCCCCAAGUUGGGAAAAUGGAUAACAUCCGAACCGGAUUGACUUCCUGUUGGCAUGACCUGGAUUUCAAUUACCAUGUAAACAAUGCAAAGUAUCUUGACUGGAUUUUGGAGGGUACUCCUACCUCUCUUAUACAUAGCCAUGAGCUUUCUAGAGUAAGUCUCCAGUACCGAAAGGAGUGCUUGAAAGAUGAUGUGAUUCAAUCUUUAUCCAGAGUUGUUACCAAGGAAACUGGUCUCUCAACGAACAAUCAAGAAAUUGAAUUAGAACACGUCCUCCGUCUUGAGAGUGGACCGGAACUUGCAGGGGCAAGGACCGCUUGGAGGCCAAAAUCUAUCUGCCGACAAACUAUAAAUUAAAGGGGCGCCAAAAGCCUGACAUGCACGAACAAUAAAUAACACUCAGUCUUGUUAUUGUUUUUACUAUUUGUUUUUAGGUUUAAAAUUAAAUUAAGGCAAAAUAUA